GAAUAUUACAUCUUUAAAUGAAGAAAACAUACAGAAAAAGAAAGAUCAGCUAAUUUAAUUACCUUAUCGUAUUCAACUCUAACACAAUCAAUCUCUAAUUAUACUGUUUUACACUCGAAAUUUCCCAAAUCAAAAUUCAGUUGCUCCACCGACUCAACUAGAUUUUCUUCAAUAAGAUUGCUGUUUUUGAUAGUCAUCUAAUUAGAUCAUUAUUUAUGGAAAUUCAAGUGAACUAAUUUGUUGGGUGUUUUGAAAUCAUUAAAUAUUCUUCAAAAUAUGGGGUUUUUAGCAGGAUACGUUCUGGGUGUUGCUGCAGGUAUUGGUUUAAUCAUUGGUUUUGCUCGCUACCAAAAUAUCAGAUCCAAGCGCCGUACUGAUUUGGCAGAAGCAAUUGCAGCUUUUGCCAGGAUGACAGUUGAUGAUUCAAGAAAGAUUCUUCCAAAUGAAUUCUACCCUUCUUGGGUUGUCUUUUCGCAGCGACAGAAGUUAACUUGGCUCAAUCAGCAUCUUGAAAAAUUAUGGCCAUAUGUUAAUGAGGCAGCUUCAGAGCUAAUAAGGAACUCUGUAGAGCCAACUCUUGAUGCGUACAGACCUGUAAUUUUAGCUUCUCUUAAAUUUUCCAAGUUGACACUGGGUACCGUGGCUCCAAAAUUUACAGGAGUUUCCAUUAUUGAAGGUGAUGCCAGGGAAAUAAUUAUGGAAUUGGAGUUGCAGUGGGACGGGAAUCCCAAUAUUGUACUUGAUGUUAAAACCAUAGUCGGCGUGGGACUACCAGUACAGGUCAAAAAUAUUGGAUUUACUGGGGUUUUCAGGAUAAUAUUCAAACCACUAGUAGAUGAAUUUCCCUGUUUUGGAGCAGUUUGUUAUUCAUUAAGAGAAAAGAAAAAUCUAGAUUUUACCCUCAAAGUUGUUGGCGGCGAUGUAUCAGCAAUUCCAGGAAUAUCUGACACCCUUGAGGCAACAAUACGAGAUGCGAUUGAAGAUUCCAUCACCUGGCCAGUCCGUAAAAUCAUACCCAUAUUACCUGGAGAUUAUAGUUACCUAGAGUUAAAGCCGGUUGGAAUUUUGGAGGUGAAGCUCAUACAAGCUAAGGAAUUAUCGAAUAAAGACAUCAUUGGCAAAUCUGAUCCAUUUGCCAAGUUAUUUGUUCGUCCACUUCGUGAUAGGAUGAAAAGCAGCAAAACAAUCAGCAAUUCAACUAAUCCAAUCUGGAACGAGCACUUUGGGUUCGUAGUUGAGGAUGAAUCUACCCAACACUUGACAAUAAGAAUUUAUGACGAUGAAGGAAUUCAAGCUGCCGAACUCAUUGGUUGUGCUCAAGUGGCACUUAAGGAUCUCGAGCCUGGAAAGGUGAAAGAUGUAUGGUUGAAACUGGUGAAGGAUCUCGAGAUCCAAAGAGAUCAGAAGAACCGGGGUCAGGUGCACUUGGAGCUCUUGUAUUGUCCUUACGGCACUGAGAGUGCAUUUAUGAAUCCUGACGACCCUGAUUUCAGAUUAACUAUGUUAGAGAAGGUCCUUAACCAUGGUAGUGAUGGGAUAGAUAAGACAGAUCCAAUAAAAUCAAGAAAGGAUCCCAUUGUCCGGGGUGUUCUUUCAAUGACCGUGAUAUCUGCUGAAGACUUGCCAUCAACAGAUCUCAUGGGGAAAUCAGACCCUUUUGUCGAAAUAAUAUUGAAGAAAUCAGAACAGAAGAACAGGACUCGGAAUAAAUUGGGAAAAUGCAUCAUGACACUGACUCGGAUUAUAUUGGAGGGAGAAGUUAUGGACAGUUUCCCCUUAGAUGGGGCUGAAUCGGGAAGGUUGAAUUUGCAUCUCAAGUGGACGCCCCAACCAAUAAUGAGAGACUGAUUGAUUAGAGCCGGCACGAAGGUUUUAUCCUGAGUAUAUUGCUUAUAGUUUUCGCUGCUGAAAUUCGGAAACAGGUUCCAUAAUAUAUGCAUUUCCCUUGUUGUAAUUAUAAUCAAGUUUCCAAACAUUUGGAUGUUGCAUCUCCUGUACGAUUGUUGAGAUUCUCUGUAUCUUUCAUAUACACACGACUCUUAUACAUGUCCGGUUUACCAUGCA